AACGUGAAAGUCGGAGAGUCGGAGGGACAACGCUGCGUAUGAAAAUCGCGAUACGAUCUGGGAACAUUUGAAAAGCGCAGGCGUGCAACGGUUUUUUCCUGGCUUUUGUCUUAUAUUUUUUUUCGAGUGUGGUGGCUGAGUGGAAAUCAAACGCAUUUCGUGCAUAAUUUGUGGAAUUUUACACAUUGUAAAAUCAAUUUUAUUGUGCAAAUUGAUUUUGUUGUUUUUUUUUUGUUGUUUCGGCUUCGUUGCUGUGCGGCAACGGAUGAAAAAAUGCAGCCACAUUAAGCGGGCAAACAGUUACCAAAAAACAAAAAAAAAACAAAACACAAACAUCAUCUAAAGAGUCAACAGCAAUUACAAGGCAGUAAAUCGGAGGAAGAGUGAUCUCCUCGGGAUCAGGAUGUCGGCUGCCACGCACAUGGCGCUGCCUGCCCACGCGGUCGUCCCGCCGCCGGGAACUCCACCGGUGCUGGGGGGCAGCGGGUGCUCCAAUCUCAGCCUGCCGACUGCGGGCAAGCGGGGCCACAAGCGUAGCGUUUCGCUGGAGAACAAUGCACCGCUGGCGCUAAGGAGCACGCCCAGCUUGGGCCAAUCCUCGCUGGGAUCGCCGCUGCUGCAAUUUGGCCAGGCGCAGGCGCAGGCACAGGGACACGGACAGGGCUUCCACACGGGCACCCUGAAGUCGCGGCAGGAGCAGCGGCGCCUUAGCCAGAAGUUCGGCAGUCACAGCAACCUCGAUGACGAGGGCGUCGGUGUGGGCAUGGCCGUGGGCCUCCAGAUGCGCAGCAAGUUCCAGAACAUCCGGCAAAUGUUCGAGCUGAGUCGCAGUUGCGUCGGCGGCGGAGGAGGCGGAGGCGGAGGAGGAGGUGCAUCCGAGGAGGAGGCGAUGCAAUCUCUGCCAGCAACGUUGCCACAGCAGCAGCAGCAGUCGCAGCAGUUGCAGCAGCAGAGGCGGACCACGCCCAUCACCGGCGGAAGUCGCCAACAACAACAACAAAUGGGCGAGGCGGAACAGACCAGCGGCAACUUUCUGCGGCCGAUCGCCUUUAAGCCAAUUCCGUUUGAGCCGGACUAUCGCAUCGCCUGUCAGCAGCAACAGCAACAUCAGCAGCAAUUGCAAUUGCAGCAGCAGCAGCAACAGUUGCAGCUGCAGCAACACCAGCACCAGCAGCAGCAGCAACUACAACAGCAACAGCAACAGCAACAACAGCAGCAGCAUAAUGCUCUGCAGCUGGCGGCGGAGGGCGGGCAGUCGGGGGGCGGGGCCGAGCGGUACGGCUACGGAUCGACCCCAUCGCUUGCCCCACUGCCAACCGCAGUCGCUCAGAAAUUUGGCAGCACUACAGAUCUGCGUCAUUUGGCCGCUCGGCGUCGCAAUCCUCGCUUACUGCAGCGUUCCAGCAAUGAGGAUGCCCUGACCCUUGACCUUUUGAGCGCAGGAAGUCACGACAGACCUGAUGGAGCUAGCAGCAAAAGCAGUGGCACAAUGGUGGGCAGCAGCGACCUGACGCCCUCGCCCUCGGAUUCUGGGAUCUCGGAACUGGAGGCGGCGCUCAAGGAUCGCGACUCGGAGCUCUCGUACCUGCGACAGGCCAUGGAGCACAAUGAGAAAGUAAUUUUCCAAGUUCAAAAGGACAAGGAGGUCUACUGGGAGCACGAGACGCAGCGACUGCGCCUUUUCUACGAGGGGCAGCAGCGGGAGUGCCAGCUGAAGCUGCGCAAGAUGGAACAGCUCCUCGGACUGCAGCAGUUCCAGCUGAAGCAGCACAAGCUCCGCCAGUCGGAGCAGGUCAACCGGCUGCAGCAGCAACUGGAUCUGGCCAGGGACUCGAGCCAGGGAUUGCAGCAGCAGGUGGACGCACUGCGUCACCAGCUGGAGGACAGCGAGUGGCGCGUCUGCGAGCGCAACGGGGAGAUAGCUUUACUCAAGACGCAGCUCAAGGAGGCGCAUCUGGAAAUCAACAUGAAAGAUCAUGCGAUUGUCAGCCUGAAGCACAGUAGCAACAGCAACAGGAGCAGCAGAAACAGCAACAGCAACAGCAACAGUAACAGCAGCAACACCUGCGACACAACCACAAGCCAAAGUCAACCAAAGCAGCAGGCGAAGGAGGAACAGCAGCAGCAACUGCAACAUCAACAGCAGCAAUAUCAACAGCAGCAACAGCAACAGCAGCAACAGCAACAGCAACAACAGCAACAACAGCAACAACAGCAGCAACAGCAACAACUUAAUCAUCAGCAACAUCAGCAUCCAAUUCAGCCGGACCAGCAGCAACUGCAAAAGAUAAUUACGCUUAAGGAUCAGGUGAUCGGAGCUCUGACCAGCGAGUUGGCCAAGUUGCGCAAGGAGCUCUCCGACCUGGCCAUUGCCCAUGAAUAUGGCGAAGAGCCCUGUGGCCGAUACACUCGAUUGAAGCAGCAGCUGGACAACCUGAACGAGAUUUGCCAGAAGACACGAAAGUACACCACCACUUCAUCGACAGCAGCAACAGCAGCUCCGGCGGCAGCAGCAGCAUCAGUAGCAACCACAUGUCCUCAGGAGCUGCCCAAGUCGGAUGUCCUAGUGCAGCGAUUGCAAUUGGAUCAGGGACAGGCUCCGCAGCAAACACUGGACACUUUGAUCGAGGAGUCCACCACGUAUGCGGAGGAUAUAGCCAAGCUGCGGCAGAAACUCGACGAUUUUCGUCUGAAUCUCGAGCUGGAGAAGCGUCAGUGGUGCGCGGAGAAGGACAAGGUCCUCGGCUACCAGAAGCAGCUGCAGGCCCACUAUAUCCACAUGUACCAGAAGCUGCGCUGCCUGGACUCCAGCCAGGGAUCAGCGAUGGCCGCGGGAGCAGCCACUGGCCAACUGGAGGCCACCAACGGCAACUGAAAGAUGUUGAAUGGGAAAAUGGACAUGCAGGCAAUGGUGCUAUCGCCGUUGGGGCUUUAAACUAAAAAAACUAAGAUCACUCACAACUAAAACAAUGUUUAAAGCAAAGAUGAGAUUUUGCUGAUAUUUAAAAAAAUUAUUUAGAGAGGUUUUUAACUCAAAACAUUAUAAUUUUGGUUAUUUUCUGAUUAGCAAAGUUCACUAGUCCUUGCAUGCCUUUCGAAAAAUCUUUUUAAAAUGUUUCACUUUAGUGUUAAAACUCACCUACUGGUCACGCACUAUUUUUUAUAUUUACUAGUACCAAUUAUCCUUCAAGUUAAACUUAUGGUACCACAAACUUUUUCCUUCUCGACCAGUGAACAAAGGAACUUAUUCUCCCCAUCGGCGAUAUAUAAUACACGAUUUUCGAUAUUACUAGAGUUGAUAUACACAAAACUCUCUUGAAUAUUUUUAAUUUUUUGUUUUUAAUAUUUUACAAAUAUAUAUAUGUAUACUUUUAAUUUAUUAAAUGUAAUUACAAACGAGAAAAAAAAACAUUUGUGAUUUCGCAUGUUGAAUAUAAUAAUAUAUAUUGAUUAUGCAUGUCGUUCCAUUAUGUAUAUGCAAUAAAAAAUAAUAAUAAUGUAA